AUGAAUGAUUUAAGAAUAAUCCGAUUUAUUGUGUUAAUUAUUACACUGUGUAGUUAUACAAUAUACUGUCAAAAAAAAAAAGAUGAAAUCUUAAAUGAUUCUUUAAAAAUUUUAACUGGAAAAUUAAAUGAAAAGAUAAAUCUGUAUUGCGGACAUACGCAGUCCAUUCACAUUUUAGAUGCUAGCUAUGGAAAUCCUUCUGUUGAUAAUAUUUUGAUAAAAAAAAAUUCCUUAGAUGCACCACAUACCAUACCUGUUGUCCAAAUGAUGUGUGAAGGGAAACACAGUUGUGAGAUCCAUGUUAAUGAUGAAACAUUCAAAAUCCUUUCCGUGAUAAAGGAUUUCCACAAGCUUAUAAUAAAAUACGUGUGCAAGUCUACUGAACUAAAGACCUUCCCAGCAUACAAUGUAAAGGCCAGAAGGGGAGGGGACAACAUUUGGAAUGUAGAAUUUCAAGAUGAAACAUUAAACAAGGAGCGUUAUCUUCAUGUAAAUGACAUAAGUGCCAUUUGUGAAAAACCUUUGCUUAAAAAAAAAUAUGUACAUAUAAACGAGGCAGAGCAUGAAUGUAACAACUUAAUCAAUUGUGUGUUCAUAGUUUUUAACUAUGAUACUUACACAUUAUGUGAAUCCUCCUCUUACAAAAAUGCGAUAGUUCAGAAAAAUUCCAGGAUUUAUAUAAAAAUGUCUUACAUUAGUGGACACUUACCCCAAAACUAUGGAGUAUUUCCAAAUGUGCAAGGGGUGUGCGAAAAGAAUAAUGUCCUUUAUGAAAUAAACUCAGCCUUCAACUUAGAUGACAUAUAUGAAAAGUGCAAAGAGAUCAAUUGUGACUACUUCACGAUGUCUACAGCUAAUGGAUUAAAAGGGGCAUCAAAAAAAUUCAGAAAUCAUGCUUGGUUCUGCAAGGGAUACCCAAAAUAUGUUUCACAUGAGGGUUUUAUUUUUGGGAAAAAUAAUAAAAAGGACCUAAACAAAUAA